CGCGUCCUCGGUACACUGCAAGCAGAGCGCAAAGAGGAACAACGGAGCUCGCGUGCACUCAUUCAUACACACUGCGCGCGUGCACACACUCACACACACAGCUCUGGGAGAAUCUCUCGCAGACAGACACACACGCGCGCGCGGAGACGUGCAGGGAGAAACGGAAGCAGCGCUGAGGUGCGGCUUUUACCGGAUGGAGAAUAUAUGUCGGUGUAAUCGGUGUUAAUUCGUGUAUCGCGGUUCCGGAGCGGAAAUCGCGCCUGGAGCUCGAGGAAACAUUUUCUUCAGCCUAUAUAUAAAAUCUGAGAUAUUUUUAAAAGGUUUUUUUUUAUUAUUGAUUUUCUUCUCAGCACCGGAGUGGAUUGUGUGGAACUGAACCCGGAUUUUUAUAACUGGAUUUAAAAAAAAUAAUAAUUAAGUGUAAUUUUGCGCACAGAGGAAUAGAGUCUCAGGUGUGUGUGUGUGUGUGAACAUGGAGGUGUUACUAUGACCUCGGACUUCACCAUUGUCACUGCAGGUCACACACUUUAACCUAUUUAUUCACAUUUUUUUGUUUUUUUGGGGGGGGGUUUCUGUUUGAGAGCCAGUGAACUGAGAGCUUUUUUUUUUAUUUGGGAAAUUCAGCCAUGAACUUUGUGGUUUAUUGGACUCAGUUAUUUCUGGUAGCGCUGCUGAACGUCUCGGCUGUGGAUGCGGCUUACAUACCAAAGGAGGGAAAAAGCAAGAAUGAAGUGGUGCCGUUUAUGGAGGUGUACACUAAGAGCAGGUGUAAUCCGAGGGAGACCCUGGUAGAUGUACAGCACGAGUAUCCACACGACACACACGUCACCUAUCUGCCAUCCUGUGUGGUGCUCCAGCGCUGUGGAGGCUGCUGUAACGAUGAAGCACUUGAAUGUGUUCCUACACACACCAACAACGUUACACUGGAGUUGUACAGAGUAAAACCAGGUGUAGGAGAACACAAAACUCUGCUGAGCUUCACAGAACACACACACUGUGACUGCAGAGUAAAACCAGAAGUGAAAACAAAGAAAGAAUACCGCUGUGAGCCCUGCUCAGAGAGGAAGAAGCACUGGUUUGUGCAGGAUCCUCUCACCUGCAGGUGUUCCUGCACACUGACUCAGUUACAGUGCAGGUCCAGAAAGCUUGAGUUAAACGAGAGAGUUUGCAGAUGUGAUAAACCGAGGAGAUGACGAUGACGCUGGUCUCAGACACGCACUGAAUGAAGGAAUAUUUAAUCUCAGCACUUUUUCACCAACCUGUGGACCACACACAUACACACACACCCUCUCUCUCUCUCUCUCUCUCUCUCUCUCUCUCUCUCUCUCUCUCUCUCUCUCUCUCUCUCUCUC